AUGACGCGUGUGCUCAGGCCUAUCGGAGGUUUUGGGGUAUUAAACCCAGAUUCAAAGCACCCCCUUAAAGUGCUUUACUGUGGAGUGUGCUCAUUGCCUACAGAGUACUGCGAGUAUAUGCCUGAGCCUGCCAAAUGUAGACAGUGGCUUGAAAAAAACUUUCCAGAUGUUUUUGCCAGGAUGACAGUUGGCUCAGCAGCCAAUACCCCCAAGCUGGAAACUGGCACUGGAGAGCCAACCCCAGUUGCAGAGGAAGAAGAAAAAAAGAAACAAAAAAGAGGUGGACGAGGACAGAUUAAACAAAAAAAGAAAACCGUACCUCAGAAAGUUACAAUAGCUAGGAUUCCUAGAGCUAAAAAGAAAUAUGUCACACGAGUCUGUGGAUUGGCAACAUUUGACAUCGAGCUAAAAGAGGCACAGCGGUUCUUUGCCCAGAAAUUUUCUUGUGGUGCCUCAGUGACAGCAGAGGAUGAAAUUAUUAUUCAGGGAGAUUUUACUGAUGACAUCAUUGAUGUAAUUCAGGAGAAGUGGCCUGAGGUGGAUGACGAUAGCAUUGAUGAUCUUGGUGAAGUUAAAAAGUGA